GAUUCCAUAUAAAGAGCAGGGCACUCGAGCUUUCUCGUUCAGAGUUAUUCGUAAUCCCUAAGUCAAACAUGAAUUCGAUCCAAAUCGCCGGUGCUUUGAUGCUCCUCUGUUGCCUGUUGGUUGCGGUUAACGCCACACCAGGAAAAGUCUAUAUUAACGGGAAGUGCAUUGACUGCAAUAAGCCCGAAAAUGAUGAUGACAUAGUAAUGCCCAUGGCAGGUCAAUCUGGUUCUAUGUCCUACUCUCUGACAUCUGGAGCUAUUAUUUUUGGAAUUAUUUAUCAAUUAAUUGGUUCAUUAACUAUUUAGUUAAUUUUUAAAUAAAAAUCAAAGGUUCACGUAAA